CUAGUUUCCUUAAAAAAUAAUAAAUAAAAAUAUUUCAGUGAAGAAACAUAGCUCAGAUUUCCGAAAGAACUUCGUCAGGUCAGCGAAACAGAGACUAGGGAAGAAGAAGAUGAUCGGAGAUGUAGAGAAAAUGGUUGCGGUUGGUCUAGUCUGGGGCGCCACUAACGCUCUGAUGCGCCGCGGCGCGCUUCUCUGGGACCAAGCUCUCAAUUCUUCCUCCAAUGGCUCAAGCUCCUCCCUCCUCCGAUGGCUCAAGCUCCUCUCAAUUUGGCAGUACACCAUCCCCUUUCUGCUUAACCUCUCCGCCUCAGCUACCUUCUUCGCUAUUCUAAGCGAUGCCCCUAUAUCCCUCGCCGUGCCCGUCACCAACGCAACCACAUUUGCCGCCACCGCCGUCUUUGGAAUGCUCCUUGGCGAACAGACUCGCGUCGGAUUUGUUGGAUCAAAUGGUGUAGAAAGACGUGUGGACCCCCAACUUGAUAAGAGCAUGGAGUGAGCGUAAUGCUAAGAACUAUGGUAAGAGCUUCUCAAAGUUUCAUUUUUUAGUGAUCUUUGGAUGAAAAUACUUCUGACCCAAUUGUGAGUUUAAAUGAUUCUUGUGUUGAGGGCUAUUAAAUUUCAUUUCCUAUAUGAAUUUUGAACUCAUCCUUGACAUGAAAAGAGAUUUUUACAACAACGUUUGAGACCAAGGACCAUUCCAAACAACAAAACAGCGAAUGAAAAGUCAUAAAAUUGAUAGACAUUUUACAAACAACAAAUCUUAUUUUGACUUUCAUACAUUUUUUCCUUUUUCAUAAAAUCAAUUGCAGAUGAACCCACCCAUCAAUUUGUCUUUGCCAAUUGAGUUGUCCCAAUCGAAAAGAAUUCACUCCAUAUUUUAUUGGCUUUCAAUGUAUGAAAAUAUCAAACAAAAAUAGUUGGUAGAGUUUUCUUCUCUCUUUCUCACACGCAUCCAAAUGAAUAUUAAUUAAUGAAGGAAGGUCGUGCGCUGGUCUAAUGCAAUUUAUGUUGUGGGUUGCCAGUUAUUGAGGUGAUGUAUAUUCAUAUAUUAUAUACUGAUUUCAAGCAUAUUCAUAGUGCAAUAAUCCUUGCUGCGUAUAUUUUUUAUAUUUCUUAUGAAAAUGAUCAUCAACUUCAUCUUUUUUUUUUCUCUCUAGAAGAAUGUUUCAGCAAAAACAAACUUGGGGAAGGUACAUCAAAUUCCUUAGCUCAUUGAUGCCACUUCCACAAAAACUAAUGUAUUUGAAGAAAGAAACUGAGUUGUUUCUUAAAUUGUUUGUUUAGGUUGGAAAGUUUUCUCCUGUCCAAUUCUUUCCUCUUUGUUACUCUAUAUAUAUAGUUGGUGGCCUGAGGGGAAAUAGGAAGCAGAAAUUAUCGCUUCAAGAUGUCUGUAUUGUGACAUGAAACUGGGAGCUGCUUUGCUUUCUUAGCCUCAAGAAUGGCUACAAAUGUGGAUGGGGUCUAAUUUGGAUCCACACUCUGUUCCUUCACAGAUAAUGCAGAUUUAGCUCUAUGGAAAGAUUCUGAACAUGGCUUCAAGUUCAGCUAGUUUUGAGAUCACCUUGGUCUAUUUUUUCUUGCAAUUUUGAACUGACUUGAUUGUGCACAUAUAUCAGCUAGAACAUUAUUAUUUGUCUUGGCGUGAA